AUGGCAUCAAGACUCGCCCGCCGUGGCUUCAGCCAGGCUCUCAGGAGGAUGGCAGCCGAGGAACCAGUUCCUUCUGCCACUCAAACAACACCAAACGAGGAGUUGGACCACUUGGUGCCCGACAGACCAGACUUUUCCAGUUACCCUCGUGAAUUUUCACCGAUGAUCGAUCCCAGAGAAGUACACGAUGUGUUGCUUCGUCCGACGUUUAAUGACUUGGCAGUUACCACGAUCGCUUCAGAUUCGCCAUUUACGGGCGACGAGCUGUACAAGUUCACUACAAAGCCAUCAGAGAGAGGCUCGAAGUUCCUCUUCGGCAGCAUGACAGAUAAAUGGAUCAAGGAAUUCAACGCUCUUAAUCCAAGACUUGAUGAAAUACCCGAAUACGACACGCUAUUCUCGUUCUUGGGUUCACGGUUGGAUGAUGUGAGUUUUGCUGAACUGAUCUCUUCACUUGGUGACCUAGAGAAGUCUAUCAAAUACUCAGCUCCAGAAAUGAAGCCAGGCGAUGUGAUUCAUGCUCUUUUACUGGAGGAGCCAUUCCAAUUAGACAUAACCAAGUACAAUUUGGUGAUAGAGUACUUGAAAAGACAUUUGACGUCGAAGCUGUCUUGGGUAUCAGGCACAAGUGAUUUUCCAAUGUUCUUGGAUUUCCUCGCUCAGAAUUCACAGACGUAUUCCAUGGCGGAGAAGGCUUCGGCCUUAGAUUCAUACUUCGGGGCAGUUUUCGCCGAAGAGCCGAGCCUAUUUAGUAAGGUUUCACCAAGCACACUUGACAUUUUAACCAAACUAGCAUGUGAGAGCCACAACCUAAAAGGCGCUAUGAAAACGUUAGAAUCUCUCGUUAAACAUCACACCAUGGCACCAUCUAAAGGAAACUUCCAGCACUUCAUGCAAUUAUACUCUGAGAGUGCAAGACAGGAAAACAAGAAUAAAGAGCAGAUUCUAGAAGAGAUUACAUGGAGCAAACCAAUCUUAUUCCACCAUGGACUAGAUGUGAACUCCUUCGAGUUACUAUUAUCCCGAUUAAUCGACAAUUCGUACGAUUUGACGCAAUUCGUGCGGUUAGCUAGAAAUUCGGGACUCCUUCCCAAUUACGCCGGGCAUGUGCUCGUCCGCUUAUAUCUCAUACAGAAACAAAGCCCGAAGUCUCCAAUAGCCAAGGCCGUUGAGAUAACACAGUUUGUGAGGCUUUUGUUGAGAGAUGGAAACGUCAGAGUUGAUCGCAACUUGAGGAGUACUUUGCGAAUGAUCUGCGAAGAGAACAAGAUACCAUAUGACGAGCUGACUUUCCUUAUCAAGUCGUCAUAA